AUGUCUUGGCAAGGCACCAACAACGUCGACCGCGCCGCCAUCUUCAACACCGAAGGCAACAGCGUCUGGGCCACCUCGGCCAACUUCAAGGUCUCUCCCAAAGAAAUGGAAGAAGUGGUCGCGGCCUACAAGGACCCAGGAAAGGAUGGGGUCAAGAGUGUGCAGAGCUCCGGGUUGCAUAUUGCGGGGGAGCGGUUCGUGGUGUUGAAGGCGGAUGAUAGGAGUAUUUAUGGGAAGAAGGGCCGAGAAGGCGUCGUAAUCGUCAAAACCACCCAAGCCCUCCUCGUCACACACUACCCCGAAACAGUCCAACCGGGCGUCGCAGCGAAUACCGUGGAGCAGCUGGCCGACUACCUGAUCAAAGUGGGGUAUUAG